AUGGAAGGGGCUCUGAUAGCCCGGGACAGGGUUGGGGUGCAGGACUUUGUGCUGCUGGACUCCCACACCAGUGAGGUUGCUUUCCUCAACAACCUGCGCAAGAGAUACCAGGAGAACCUCAUCUAUACAUACAUUGGUACUCUCCUCGUGUCUGUCAACCCUUACAAGGAGUUGGACAUCUACACUCUGACCCAGAUGCAGCUUUAUCGAGGGGUGAACUUCUUUGAACUGCCACCACACCUAUAUGCCAUAGCUGACAAUGCCUACCGAGUGAUGUGCAGUGAGUGCAACAACCAUUUCAUCCUCAUCUCUGGGGAGAGUGGAGCAGGCAAGACAGAGGCAUCCAAGAAGAUCCUGCAGUACUAUGCAGUGACCUGUCCCACCACAGAUCAGCUGAAGAUCGUCCGCGAUCGCCUGCUGCUCUCCAACCCUGUCCUCGAGGCCUUUGGGAACGCAAAAACUCUGCGUAACGACAACUCCAGUAGGUUUGGGAAGUACAUGGACAUCCAGUUUGAUUUUAAGGGAGCUCCAGUGGGAGGCCACAUCCUCAGCUACCUAAUUGAGAAAUCCAGAGUUGUCCACCAAAAUCACGGAGAAAGGAAUUUCCAUAUCUUCUACCAGCUGUUGGAGGGUGCAGACAAAGAUCUCCUUGGUUGGUUGGGGCUGGAGCGCAACCCCCAGAAAUAUGCAUAUCUCAUCCAGGGUCGAUGUGCCAAAGUGUUCUCUAUCAAUGACAAGAACGACUGGAAAAUCGUCCGGAAAGCUUUUUCCAUCAUCGACUUCAGUGAGAGGGAUAUCGAGCAUCUCUUUGCAAUUGUUGCCACUGUCCUGCACCUGGGGAACAUCCACUUUGAAGAAGACAGCAAUGGCCACGCCAUCAUCCGUGAUGGAACACAGAUCAAGUGGAUCUCAAAGCUCCUGGGUGCUCACCUGUCCAUCCUGCAGGAAGCUCUCACCAACAGGAAGAUUGAAGCCAGAUCUGAGGAGGUCCUGAGCCCCCUGAAUGUGGAUCUGGCAUUCUAUGCUCGGGAUGCUGUGGCCAAGGCGAUUUAUGGACGCACCUUCACUUGGCUUGUCAACAAAAUCAACAAUGCUCUGGUAAACAAGGAUUCCAGUCGGAAAACAGUAAUUGGCCUGUUGGAUAUUUAUGGCUUUGAGGUGCUGGACACAAACAGCUUUGAGCAGUUCUGCAUUAAUUACUGCAACGAGAAGCUCCAGCAGCUGCUGAUUGAGAUGACCCUGAAAGCAGAGCAGGAGGAAUAUGAAGUGGAAGGGAUAGAGUGGGAACCCAUCCCAUAUUUCAACAACAAAAUCAUCUGUGACUUGGUUGAGCAGAAGCAUAAAGGAAUCAUCUCCAUCCUGGAUGAGGAAUGCUUACGGCCUGGGGAAGCAACUGAUUUGAGCUUCUUGGAAAAGCUGGAGGAGAAAGUAGGAGAUCAUCCCCACUUCCUGACUCGCAAACUCGCGGACCAGAAGACGCGGAAAUCCAUCGACUUUCUGGAUUUUCGCCUCCUCCACUAUGCAGGAGAAGUCACUUACUGUGCUAUGGGAUUUCUGGAGAAGAAUAAUGAUCUACUGUACAGGAACCUGAAGGAGGUGUUGUGCAACUCCAAGAACUUCAUCAUUAGAGAAUGUUUCCUCUUCUCGGAACUGGACAGCAGGAGGAGACCAGAGACUGUUGCAACCCAGUUCAAAAACAGUCUGAUGAGCCUGAUUGAGAUCCUGAUGUCCAAGGAGCCUUCUUACGUCCGCUGCAUUAAACCCAACGACAACAAGGAGCCUGGGAAGUUCGAUGAUUCCCUGAUCAGGCACCAGGUCAAGUACCUGGGGCUGAUGGAGCACCUGAGGGUGAGACGAGCAGGGUUUGCCUAUCGGCGCAAGUACGAGCACUUCCUGCAGAGGUAUAAAUCCCUCUGUCCAGCUACCUGGCCAAACUGGAAUGGGCCAGCAAUAGAGGGUGUGGUGAAGCUCAUCAAGCACAUUGGUUACAAGCCUGAGGAAUACAAACUGGGAAGAACCAAGAUAUUCAUUCGUUUCCCCAAGACUCUGUUUGCCACAGAAGAUGCAUUUGAGUACAGGAGGCACCUGCUGAUUUCAAGACUACAGGCCAAAUACAAAGGAUUCCUUGGGCAAAGAGCAUACCAGAAGAAGAGGAAAGCAGCCAUCAAGCUGGAGGCCUGUUGGAGAGGAGCUCUGGCACGGAGGGAGGCCAAGAGGAGGACAUGGGCAGCCCAGAUAAUCAGGAAGUUCAUAAAUGGCUUCAUCAAUAGGAAGAAACCUCUGUGCCCGGAGAACAGGGAAUUUGUGAUGCUCUCCCAGUACAAGUACCUGCUGAAGCUCAGAGAUCACCUCCCACAAAACGUCCUGGACAAGAGUUGGCUCAAACCUCCUUCCAUCAUGGAAGAGACAUCUGAGAUGCUUCACAAGCUCUGCAUAAGGACCCUGGUGAGGAAGUACUGCCGAGGGGUUAGUGUCGAGAGGAGAGUGCAGUUGCAGCAGAAGGUGGUGACCAGUGCUGUGUUCAGAGGGAAGAAGGAGGGAUACCAGCAGAGCCUCAACCAGCGCUUCCUGGACACUCGUCUGAAAGAGAAUGAGAUAAACCCCAGAGUGCUGCAGCUCAUCCAGGGGGAGAGCAUCAAGUACGUGACUCCCGUGAUCAAAUACGACAGGAACGGGUUCAAGGCUCGAGAGAGGCUCCUGGUGCUCACCCAGGCUGCAGCCUAUGUGGUGGAGAUGGCCAAGAUCAAGCAGAAAGUGGAGUAUGCCACCCUGAAAGGCAUCUCCACCAGUAACCUGAGUGAUGGGAUCAUAGUCAUUCAUGUUCCAGAUGACAACAAACAGAAGGGAGAUGUGAUCCUGCAGUGUGAACACGUCUUCGAGACAGUGACAAAGCUCUGCAUGUUGUCCAACAAGGAAAGCCUGGUUAAGAUUGUGAAGGGAAGCCUGCGCUUCCGCAUCGGCUCGGGGAAGGAGGGGACCGUGGUGUUUGCCGUGGGGCAGGAGCCACAGGUCUUCAGGGACAGAAAUGGACAACUCACAGUGGUGUCAACCCCAGGACCGCCUUGA